AUGGAGGGAUUGCGACCGGCGCGCGCGCGCGAUGGGACGAAGAUGGUGGCGUCGGUGUCGACGGCGGCGGAAGCGCGAGCGCGGGAGGGGACGCGCGGGGCGGGGGCGAGCGCGGCGGCGGGCGCGGGCGUCGCGGUCGCGGGAGGGGCCGCCGCGGUGGCGCUGGCCAGGGCGUCGAGAGGGAAGAAGAAAUCCGCGGAGGCGAAGGUUUUGGAUCGUUACGCGAAGAUUAUUAACGAUGCGUACGAUAUUCCGUUCGUUCCGGAGUUCGCGGAGAGCGAGGUGUAUCGCGAGGUUUGCAAGGCGGCGUACGCGUCGGCGAUGAAGAACUUACGACAGAACCUCGUCGGAGCGAGCGUUUUGGGGCAUCCUCUGAUCAUGAGCGAUUAUCUGGACGCCAGACACGUUCCGGAAAAGAGUGGUAUCAAGGAGCAGGAGCUCGCAAAGUUUAUCGGCGACGUCGUCGGCGAAACGAGCGGGAUUCCCGUCUUGUUACCCGGGCCGCUCGAAAGGAAGCUCUACACGAACGGCGCGCUCACGGGAUGGACCGUGUUCGAAGAUACGUUAAAAACGUUCAAGUUGCAACUUUUCGACCGGGAAUUCGUCUUUGAAGUGUCGAGCGAAGAGGAUGGCAUGGCGGAAGGGCGAAGGACUAAGCUCGUCGCGAGCGGCGACGGCUACUUAGACAUCGUGCCGAAUCUGUCGAAUCAAACGCUCCGCAAGAUUGCGCGCGAAGAGCUCAAAGCCCCGCCACCGACAAAUCUGUUCCCGCAUCUCCAAGAAAACGUCGCCAAGGUUGCGGUGGGUAUGUUAUCCGAGGCGCUCACGAUGGAGGCAAAGAUUAAAGGAUUCACCGUGGAGUUUGCGUUAGAGCCUUACGACGACGAUACUCGAGAGGCGUUUGCAAACAUCUCCUUUUCCGACGAGGAUCGUUUGGAGACGCAGCGCGCGGUGAAGCAACUUAUCGAAGUGUGCGUCGAUGAAUAUAUGGACACUCGAGCGAUGGCCAUCUCGUCAGUGUUUCUUCCCCGACGAAUCGAGCGCGACACGUACAUCAACCUCCUCACCGGCUUGUUCGGUGAGAUAGGAAAAGAGCCCGUGUUGAGUAACUUGGGUUUCAACAUUUCUAUGCGUGUGCUCAGUCCGUCGAGCGGAGCAAACGUGUCAGCGUCGUUCGACGACGACGCCUUGACAUUCGACGAAGGCGACGCCGCGAAGAAGACACCCAGCGCCCGCGACCUCCUGCAGCAAAUGGGGAACGAAAUUCGUAGAGGCGACUUUAGCAACAUAGCCUCGGAGGCACGUCAAAUUUUGGGUGUGAGCAUCGACGGUGAUGAAGACCCGAGCAGAGCUGCGAGAAAAAAGGCACAAAAGCAGACUCGAGAGGCGAUUUCGGAAUUUGUCGACUACCUCCUUCGCGAUCCCAUGUACAACGUCAAGGCUAUUCCCGAUAACAUUGAGCGUUUGCUGUACAUUAACUGUUUUGAACUCAUAGUGGAUAUUUUAUCUACAGUGUUGUCCGAUUUUGAGCUCGACAUGCUCGGGCGAAGAAUCCGAAUGCUGGUGCGCCAAGCGCCGAAGCGCGACGUCAAGGACCUCAGCCGCUUCCGUCCGGACGCGCGAGCGUUGAGGGAGAUCACCAAGGACUUUGCUGACAUCCCUUCGGUUCAAGAGAUCAUGGGCAACGUUUACGCUUUUGUUCUUGCUUUCGUCGCUCAAGUAGCUUCUGAUUUUGAGGUGACCGUCGUCGGUCAUCGACUCAACACGGGUUUGAGUAGAAGAGCCGAAGCGACUGUGAUGGAAUCUGCAGGGCCGGCGGUUACGGAUGCAUUGAACGAAUCACUCGUUUCAGCGAUCGAAGCUUUCGCGCAAGAUGUGUUCGCCAUCGGCUCUCGCACUGGUUUGAACGCUGGAGGUUCUGCGGAGACAAGGUCGGCGGUUGCAAUCGAUUUCGACAAAGAGGUCUUCGCGUUGUUUGAAGCCAACGCGUCCAAUCCGGAUGAAAAGUUUCCGUUCCCCUACCUCAAUCAAGAGCAGUUCGCGAAGACGAUUGAUAUGUUCAUCGAAACCCUCGUUCCGGGUGCCAAGUUGUGGGACUCUCACAACGCGACCGUUCAGAAAAUUGCCAAAGCGGCUGAUUUGAACGGCGACGGCGUCAUACAGUGGGCCGAGUGGUACUACGCCGCGGGAGCCAUUAACAGAGCGACCAAGAUUGCGAAUAAGAAGACUUUAGAAGAACUUAAAGGAGGAUGA